AGUUGACGGCCCCAUCUGAAUAGUCUCCCGCCCGGCCGUGGUGUUCUGGCCGGCGCAGGACCAAAAGUCGGCACAGCUGAUCCUAUACGGGGCUUGUGCCUUCAGCUGCUGCUGGCUUCCGCAACUUCGCAGUCCUCCCCAGCCAGCUUCACUCGCAGCACUUGUGGACACUAUUUUGUCCAGCUUCCCCCCCUGUGUAAAAACAGCGCGGGGACAAAAACUAACGCAGAGUAAAUCACUUACCUGUAGGUCACGGUUUCAAACUUACCGCUGUGGGGGAACGCUCCACCCCGCCUGUCGUUUCGCAAGCGUGAAAGCGAUAUGACACGCAAGAGUCCUGGCGGGGUUCUUCACGUAGUCACUCACGUGACUCCAAAGUAAAAUUCAAUGUCGACGGGGUCAAGGACACCUCAAAACAGAAACAUUGCUUGAUCUACUUGUAUCUCACACCUUAUUAUUUCUCAUCAUAAUGAGCCUCAGAAUUCCCACGAUGUUUUGCUCUGCUUUUGAGGUUCAUUAUAAUGAACAACUUUGAAGAGACCUCUCUGCUAGAAAAUACUAAAACUGGUUUGAUAAGAAUAACAAGAUCUCCAGGAACUAAUUUAUCACAAAUGCAUUGUGUUCUCAGAGGGAAAUGGCACAUGGUACAUGGGCCAAAGGAGCAGGUCCGCAGGUAUAUGAAACUUCUGAAUUACAAGUCAAUGGGUGAGUGAAUAGAAGGCAGGAUACCAACCAACCAAUCACAAAUGCAAUGUGUUUCCAGAUGGAAAGUACUGUUAUGGCACAUGGAACAAAAAAAGCAGAUCCGCAGACAUUUGAAACUUAAAAAUCGGCUGGUAGGUGAAUACAAAUCAGGAUAUCAAGCAACCUGCCAAUAACUAUUACAAUGCAAGAAUAUGUUUCUAGUAACCAAGGUCAUUUACAGUCAAAACAGAAUACCCUAUCAAGAGCCAGGAAUAAAGUACAGUGGCAGUCACUGUCUGCUGGAAGGUGAUUGUUGAAUAUGAUAUUUAUUCAUAUCAAUAUUCAUAUGAUAUGAAUGAUUGAUCCCAUCCCACAGCAUGCUAUCCAUUACAAUCUUGGAAUUCCCCAAAUCUAGCAAAAGCCGUCCAUUAGAAGAAAAACAAUAAGGCCUCUGAAGGAUAUGAAACCCUACGUGAGGCAGAAUAAUGGCAGAAAAUAACUUUUCAUGCAAAUUCAUGAUCUCAUCACAAAAAAGAGAGCAUGUCAUAGGAUGUCUGAUACACCAUAACUGUGACCGUAUUUAAGAGAGAAGGGCGUCCACACAGUCUAUUAUAGACAGCUUUCUCCCCUCUUCCUUCUAGUCACAGAGACAAGAGUCACAGUACAUAUUCUAUCCAUCAGGGGUUAUAGUAUACUUAAUCUUUACUGCCCAGCAAAUCCACUGAAUUCACAAUACAGUGCAUGGUCUUUUUUGAUUUCAUGAAAGGCUCUGUCAACCAAGAAGAAAUAUGAGAAUCCUUCUCAAAUUGCAAUGCCCUCGGAAAUUUGUUCGCAUUUCACAUUUGCCACACAAUGACGUGCAAAAGAUUAAAGAUGCUAGAAAUCUGGGGUAUAAACAGAACAUGCAUUGGUUUAUUUUUGUCAUGUGUACUGAGGCAUUGUGAGAAAUUCUGUUUUGUGUGCUAUUUGGGCAAAUUAUGUUGUACAUGAGUGCAUUGGGUCAUGCUAUAGAAAAAAUAAACAUAGUGUAGAAUAUAGUGUAGGAAAGAACUGCAGAUGCUGAUUUAAAUCGAAGGUAGACACAAAAUGUAAAUUGAAAGUAGACAUAAAAUGGUCAGAAUAUUAUGUUGCACAGAGUCGCUUGCCCAGAGUUGGGGAAUCGAGAAUCAGAGGACAUAGGUUUAAGGCGAUGGGGUAAAGAUGGGAACCUGAGGGAUAACUUUUUUACACAAAGGGUGGUGUGUACAUGAAAGGAGUUGCCGGAGGAGGUGUUGAGGCAGGUACUAACGCAACAUUUAAGAAACAUUUAGACAGGCACAUGGAUAGAACAGGUUUUGAGGGAUAAGGGCUAAACUCAGGCAGGUGGGACUGGUGUAGAUGGGACAUUUUCGUCUGUGCAAGUUUCGUCUGUGUGCAACAUGGGUCUGUUUCCAUGUUGUGUGACUUUAUGAAUGUGAGCAAUGAAGGACAUGCACAACCACCUCUGGUGGGUGGAUAACAUUUUUUUUGCAUGAAAAUGUACCUUGGACAGGUACAUGGACUGGAAAGGUUUAGAGGGAUAUGGGCCAAACAUAGGCAGGUGGGACCAACGAAGAUGGACACAUGGGUGGUUUGGGUAAAUUGGACUGAAGUGCUUGUUUCCGUGUUGUAUGACACAAGACUCCUGGAAUUACCGCUCUUCCCUGAGCUCUGUUGUGGCAGGAAUCUUCAAAAAGGAAUUAAAAUGUUUCAAGGACAUGUUAAAAUCUCCUUGAAAACAUGUCCCUGUCUCAUAGGAAACACCGAGACAUGACUGGACAGAAGAGAGAAGAAGCAUCUCAGCAGACACUGAACACCUUCUGUUUUUCUACAGCAUGUCCACAAGUCUCGGUUUCUGCAGAGAUCUUUUCAACCAUCCCAUAACUUGACUGGAAGCAAGAAUUCCUCGACUCCGGGCAACUAUCCAAGAAGGAAAAGAUCACAAACGUUGCUCUUCUUGAUACCUAUGAAAGACUUGGAGCUGGAGUAAAAGCAACAUGACUCUGGCUUAAUGGCUGAGAAGCUUUGGCAAUAUCAGGAAAAGCAUUGACCAAGGGAAAUGGAAGCUUUCUUCUUCAUGAUCAUCAUCACUGCAGCACUCAUCAGUGGAUUCAUUUAUUGUAACAUUGGCUUCAAUGAGGCUCAAGUUGACAGCCAUGUGGGAAAGCCCAACUUCAUCAUAAUUUUAGCUGAUGACAUCGGAUGGGGAGAUCUUGGUGCAAACUGGCCACUGACUAAAGAAACACCAAAUCUGGACAAGAUGGUUCAGGGUGGAAUGAGAUUUAAGGACUUCCAUGCAGCUGCCUCUACUUGUUCCCCGUCUCGUGCUUCACUGUUGACCGGGCGUCUGGGUUUACGGAAUGGCGUCACCCACAACUUUGCUGUAACCUCAGUUGCUGGCUUACCGCUAAAUGAAACUACAUUGGCAGACGUUCUGAAGGAAGCCAAUUAUUCUACAGCAGUCAUUGGUAAAUGGCACCUCGGACAUUACGGGCCUUAUCACCCUAACUUUCGUGGUUUUGAUUACUAUUUUGGAAUCCCUUACAGUAAUGACAUGGGUUGCACAGAUGAUCCUGGGUACAAUAUUCCUCCAAGCCUACCAUGUCCCAAGGAUCCUGUAAUGGAAAGCUGGAAAGUCACCACACAUACAAGAGGUGUAGCAUUGCCACUCCUUGAAAAUGAAAGGAUUGUAGAACAACCGGUCAAUCUUAGCAGCCUGACAGAGAGAUAUACAGAACAAGUCAUACAAUUCAUCCAGAAAGCGAGGAAGACCAUGCAUCCGUUCUUCUUGUACUUUGCACCAGCCCAUAUGCAUGUUCCUUUACAAUAUGAUUCUCAGUUUGCUAACACCUCCACACGUGGUCCCUAUGGAGACGGCCUACGAGAGCUGGACCAUGCGAUCGGCCAGAUCCUGGAGGAAGUUAAUGCAGAUUUUCAAAAUAACACACUGGUGUGGUUUGCUGGUGACAACGGGCCUUGGUCUGAGAAAUGCCAGUUCUCUGGAAGUGCUGGCCCAUUUGCAGGCAAGUGGCAAACACAACAAGGUGGCAGUUCAGCCAAAAGAACUACGUGGGAAGGUGGCCAUCGAACUCCAGCUGUAGCGUAUUGGCCAGGCAAAAUCCCAGCCAACACAACAAGCAGCUUACUGCUAAGCACAUUAGAUAUAUUUUCUACCCUGAUUUCGCUAGCAGGAGCAAACCUGCCUCCAAACAGACGCUAUGACAGUUUGGAUAUAACAAAGGUGUUGUUUGGCCAGUCCCACAGUGGACACAAGGCCCUCUUCCAUCCAAAUAGUGGAGCAGCUGGAGAAUUUGGGGACCUGAAGACUAUCCGUCUAAAGCAGUACAAGGCUUUCUACCUGACAGGUGGUGCCAAAGCCUGCAAGGGUGGAGAGGGGCCGGCACAACAACAUGACCCUCCUCUGAUUUUCAACCUGUUGAAUGAUAGAGCUGAAGGUCAACCUCUAGAUCCGCUCGAUGCUGAGUACCGCGCCGUGUUCCCACAGAUACAGAGGGCCCUGGACAACAUCAUCCGGGACAUCUCUACAGACAACACCUCAAUGGCUGAUUAUUCCCAUGAUCCCGCUGUAAUUCCAUGCUGCCAACCAAAGCACGUAGUGUGUAGGUGUGAGAAUGUGACCUGAAUACCUCUUCAUAUUUUAAUGAUUGUUUUCACCCGGAAUGACUUUAGGUUCCAAUGUAGUGUAGAGAAUAACUGUGAAAAAUAGCAGGUAAAGAGGUAUUGGUAGGAAGUACUGUGCCUAAGGUACCAAAAAUACCUUGGGUAGAUUUAAAAUAAUUGUAACCUUCUGAAUAAGAAAAGAAAUUGGCCGUCCUGAAACCAGAAUGGUUUAGAUCAUGCAAGGAGCAGCAUGACACAAAAUACAAUUGGUGUCAGUGUGCUUGUCUCAGCUGAAGGUGUUUUUUAACAAGAAGCUGAAAGACAAGAUCAUAAUCAUAAUCAUUAUAAUCAUAAUCAUAUAAUCAUACUUUAUUAGCCAAGUAUGUUUUACAACAUACAAGGAAUUUGAUUUGCCAUACAGUCAUACUAAUAAAAAGCAACAGAACACACAAUUUCUUUUAAUCAGAAACAUCCUCCACAUUCCUCACUGUGAUGGAAGGCGAAAAAAAGUUCAAUCUCUCCCCUUCUUUGUCCUCCAGCGGUCGGGGGCGUCUAACCUUCCGUUGAUGGGAUGAUCUUACUCCCAUAGCCAGUGGCGGGCCUCCUCAUUGGGGCGAUCAAGCUCCUGCAUCAGGGGGAAAUCUCAGCUCCCCCACGCCAGGCGAUCUUCCCUGGGUCGGGACUAGUUGAACAUCGUGCGGUUUUGGUGCUUCCCGAUUCGGUCUCUCCCGAGACUGCGAGCCCCUUUAUGUAAAGGUCCGCGGGCCGCGGUUUGAGCGUCGAUCCCAGGCAAGGAAUCGGUUCCGAUGGUAAGUCCACGUCCCGCAGCAGGUCUCAGACAGUCCCGAGCAAGGCCUCCAGCUCCACGAUGUAGGCCGCAGAGCGACCGGAGAUACGACCCGGACCCAAUCGCAUCUCCGGCAAGGUAAGAGAUUGAAAAAAAGUUUCCCCGACCCCACCUGCCCUUCUCUCACAUAAAACAAACCGGAGAACAUUAACACAAACUUUUUAAACACAUUAAAAAUAACAAAAUUUGUGACCGCAUUUAGAAUAUUGUCUUCAGUUCUGGGCACCAUGUUAUAGGAAAGAUAUUAUCAAGCUUGAAAGGGUUCAGAAAAGAUUUACGAGGAUGCUGCUCGGACUAGAGGGUGUGAGCUAUAGGGAGAUGUUGAGUAGGCUGGGUCUCUAUUCCAUGGAGCAUAGGAGGAUGGGAGAUCUUAUAGAGGUAUACAAAAUCAUGAGAGGAAUAGGUCAGGUAGAUGCACAGAGUAUUUUGCCUGGUAGGGGAAUCGAGGAUCAGAGGAUAUAGGUUCAAGGUGAAGGGAAAAGAUUUAAUAGGAAUCCGAGGGGUACCUUUUUCACACAGAGGAUGGUGGGUUUAUGGAACAAGCUGCCAGAGGAGGUAGUUGAAGCUGGGACUAUCCCAUCGUUUAAAAAACAGUUGGACUGGUACAUGGAUAGGACAGGUUUGGAGGGUUAUGGACCAAGCGCAGGCAAGUGGGACUAGGGCAGCUGGGACAUUGUUGGCGGGUGUGGGCGAGUUGGGCCGAAGGGCCUGUUUCCACACUGUAUUACUGUAUGACUCUAAGACUGUAGACGAGGUUGCCAUCAAACGCCACCCCGUGGUCAUCAUAGAGUCAUAGAGAGAGUAAUAGUCAUACAGCAUGUAAACAGGCCUUUCGGCCCAACUCAUUCAUGCCAACUAAGAUGCCCCAUCUAAGCUAGUCUGUUUAUGGCCUAUGUUCCUCUAAACCUUUCCUAUCCACGUACCUGUUCAAGUGACUUGUGCCUGCCUUAACUAUAUCCUCUGAUAGCUCGUUCCAUAUAUCCGCCACCCUCCCUGCUUAAAAGUUGCAUCUCGGUUUCUUAUUCAAUCUUUCCCUUUUCACUUCUACUUUCAUUGACAAAAUGGAAUUGGCUUACUUCUCAAUGUGGAGUUUUGAAAAAGAUGUAAUGGAAAAAAAGGGAGUGAAUGGAAAAAUUGAACUUAGAUCUGCUAGAUGUAUCAUAAAGUGUAGAUUUUGUUCAUUUUUUUUCUGUGAUUUUGGGCAAGCUUUUCGUUUCCUCUUCCUGCUGUGUGCUUAUUUACCGAGGCUGGACAUUUACUAAAUUCAUAGCAAGACUGUCUUGACCUCGUACAUUCAGGCACAAUACACCUUUUGAUGUGGUGUUCAUCUAAUUAAAAGGAUAUGGUUGUUUAAUGGAAUCUACAGCACCCUGGAAACACUAGGCACAGCAUAAUGAAAUUUAACAUGAUUUUGGAGUAUGAAUAUCUUGGGCCAGAAGUCAGCGAAUAAACAAAACAAAUUAUGGGAGAAAGUUCAAGGACAUUUCAGCACAGUAAGUGUAGAACAUAUUUAGAGAUUGAACAUGUAGUCCGAUUAUAGAAUGAGCAGGUUCAGUAGAAAAAGUGAGGCAAGCGUAUACGUGAACUUUUAAAAUUCUAUAGGAGGAAAGAGAAUGAUAAAAUAUAUUAAUCGUUGAUUGAAGCAACAAAGAUGGAUCUCGAGAAAUAGCAUAAAAGAGAGGGUCAAGGAAGUCCUUUCCAUACUACAACAGCUAUCACAGAAGAAGGCCUAGGUAGAGUGCAUGUGGAGCGGAUGUUUCCUGUAGUGAGAGAGUCUAGGAUCAGAGGGCACAGCCUCUGCAUAAAAGGAUGUAUCUUUGGAAUGAAGUUGAGGAAGGAAUUCUUUAGCCAGAGGGUGGUAAAUCUGUGGAAUUCGUUCCCACAGACAGCGGUGGAGAGCAAGUCAUUGGGUAUUAUUAAAGUAGAGAUUAAUCGGUUCUUGAUUAGAAAGGCAUCAAAGGUUAUGGGGAGAAGGUAGGAGAACGGGGUUGAGAGGAUAAAUAAAUCAGCUAUGAUUGAAUGGCGGAGCCGACUCGAUGGGCCGAAUGACGUAAUUCUGCUCCCAUGUCUUAGGAUCUAAUGACCUUAUGAUCUUAUAAGGGGAAUUUUACUUCGGAGUCACGUGAGUGACUACGUGAAGAAACCGCCAGGACGCAUGCGUGUCAUAUCGCUUCACGCAUUGCGAAAUGACAGGCGGGGUGGACGUUCCCCCGCAGCGGUAAUUUUGAAACCGAGACCGCAGGUAAGUGAAUUACUCUGUGGUCGUUUUUUGUUUCCGCGCUGUUUUUUACAGGGGGAAACUGGACAAAAAUAGAGUCCACAAGGGCUGUGUCUAAAGCUGGCUGGGGAGGACCGCGGAGUUGCAGGCAGCCAGCAGCAGCUGAAGGCACCAGCAUCACCAUGAGUGCGAUCAGCUGUGCCCGACUUAGCACCCACGCCGGCCAGAUCAACACCACGGCCGGGCGGGAAGACUACACAUAACAGAGCUGUUGACUCUGACAAGUCAAAACGGCAAGCGGGGGGAGCAUCCCCCUGCAGCGGCAAGUUUUAAAAACCAAGACCGACAGGUAAGGGAAUUACUGCGGUCGUGUUUUGUUUCCCGUGUCUGUUUCUUACAGGGGGAAACUAUGGACAAGAGUCCACAAGGGCUGCACUGGCUGGGAAAAACCGCAGAGUUGCGGGCAGCCAGCAGCAGCUAAAGGCACCAGCAUCACCGUGAGUGGGAUCAGCUGUGCCCGACUUGGCACCCGCACCAGCCAGAUCAACACCACGGCCGGGCGGGAAGACUACACAAAACAGAGCCGUUGACUCUGACAAGUCAAAACGGCAAGCGGAGGGAGCGUUCCCCCGCAGCGGCAAGUUUAAAACCGAGACCGACAGGUAAGGGAAUUACUCUGCGGUCGUUUUUUGUUUUCCGUGCUGUUUUUCACAGGGGAAACUAUGGACAAGAGUCCACAAGGGCUGCACUGGCUGGAAAGAACCGCGGAGUUGUGGUCAGCUAGCAGCGGCUGACGGCACCAGAUCACCGUGAGUGGGAUCAGCUGUGCCCGACUUGGCACCCACGCCGGGCAGAUCAACACCACGGCCGGGCGGGAAGGCUAUACGGAACAGAGCCGUUGACUCUGACAAGUCGGACUGCAAGAAAUGCCGCGGGGACCAGUGUUGCUGGGGCCAAAUGGAGCGGCUUAUGGAGCAGAUGCUCCAACGUGACAGACUCUGGGAGAUGGAGUCUUGUCACCAUGGGCUAUACAAAACACCCACAGCAGCACCUUACACAGUGCAUCUCCCUCGACAGAGGGGAGUACUGGGGGUCAAUUCUGGGCUGACCCUGAAGAGGGGUUUGCUGAACAAACAACAAGUGUGCAGGGGGUGCAGGAAGGAGAAAGAAGGAGCUCGAUGAGGAGGCAAAAACCCUGGGGCUCAUAAAGGCGACGACAGGAAGGACCUCCUACAUGCAAAGACAGCACCCUUACGCACCCACCAGCAGAGCAAGACAAUCAGAAGCUGGUGAAAGCUCAAAGGCCGGACAUACAGUACAGCGGUCUUUUUUAGGCCAUGGCCCAGACCGGCCUUCGUGGAAAAUGCGCAAACCCCAAACCCAAACCCAGACACCGGGGCCUCAACCUCCUCGAAGACUACACAGGAAGAAGUAAACUUUCCACUGGUAACCAUAGAGGUAGGUGGGUCUGGUCCCUUACAAAUUAUAGGAAGUGUGAAUAAAACACAUCUCAGUGGGAGAUUACACUUCUUUUGGGGGGCAUGGAGUGCAUUAACAACAGACACUUAUAUCCUAAACAGUAUCCAGGGAUAUACCAUUGAAUUUGUGCACAAAAAUAGCCCCAGUUCAGCAUGUACCGAACCGAACGUUCGUACUUUCACGAAAAGAAUAAUUGGAAGCACAUGCUGAACGAGUGAGACCCCACGCUAAGGGGGUUAUUGAAAAAACCCAACACGAUUCUCUGGAAUUUGUAUCUAAUAUCUUUACCAAAAACAAAAAAGAUGGUGGUUGUCACAUCAUCAUAGAUUUGACCAAAUUGAAUACAUUUGUGCAGUAUAUUCAUUUCAAAAUGGAAACCUUUGUUACUGCCAAACAAUUGAUUUCCACGGGCUACUUCAUGGCCAGCAUCGACCUAAAAGAUGCUUACUAUUCAGUGCCUAUACGGACUGAUCACAGACGUUAUUUAAAAUUCAACUGGAUGGGGCAGCCCUGGCAGUAUAGAGCUCUACCAAAUGGAUUAACAUCAGCCCCAGGCUGUUUACAAAAAUUUUGAAACCAGCCCUAGUGUUGCUUCGGAAACAAAAACAUAUGAUCAUGGCCUAUCUAGAUGACAUAUUGAUUGUGGGCUAAACUUUGGAAUUAGCCAAACUAGCUGUAUCAGCCACCAAACAAUUGUUUGAGAAACUGGGGUUUAUCAUCCAUCCAGUUAAAUCUAAACUAACGCCUUCCACCAUAAUGGAUUAUUUGGGGUUCACUGUUGACUCAGUUCACAUGUCGGUGACUUUACCAAAGGACAAGGCUACAGUCUUAACUGAGGCCUGCAACAACCUCAUUGACAUCAGUGAACCAUCUAUCAGAUUGGUAGCAAGGGUGAUUGGCAAAAAAGUGGCUGCUUUUCCAGCCACACAAUUUGGACCUUUGUAUUAUCAAAAUUUACAAAGGGCAAAAAUACAAGCGCUCAAAAUUAAUGCUGGUCAUUUCGGCAGACCAAUGAAGCUACCAAUCAAAGCAAUUAUGGAAUUAAAAUGGUGGAGGGAUAACAUUCGGCAUUGUUCCAGCCCUAUAAUUAUCAGCAACCCCUCAGUGGUGCUACAAACUGAUGCCAGUGCACUUGGUUGGGGUGCGACCAAUUCCAUCUCCAGCUGUGGAGGUAGAUGGAAUGCACAGGAGGCAUCAUUACUACAGACACUUGGCAUAAAGUACCUGGAAAUGUUGUGUGCGUUCUAUGGCCUAAAGUCAUACUGUUCUGGAAUAUAUCACCAGCAUGUUAGACUACAGAUUGACAAUACCACCGUGGUGGCAUAUAUUAACCAUAUGGGUGGAAUCAAAUCGACAUCAUGUGACAAUCUGGCUAAUACAAUUUGCCAAUGGUGUAUCCAGAGAAAUAUUUGGAUAUCAGCUACUUACCUGCCAGGUAACCUAAAUUCAGUGGCAGACACCAGGUCACGCAAAUUCAAUGAAAACAUCGAAUGGAUGUUGGAUAUAAAAGUAUUUGCUGAUAUUGUAGCACGGUAUGGAACACCAGAUAUCGAUCUAUUUGCAUCUAGACUCAAUCACCAGUUACCAAACUAUGUUUCUUGGGAACCAGACCCUGGGGCAUCAGCGAUAGAUGCUUUUUCGCUGCAUUGGGGGAAAUUGUUUUUUCUAUGCAUUCCCUCCUUUCUGCCUCAUCAGUCGGGUAUUACGCAAAAUACAACAAGACUCGGCGUCUGGUAUUUUGGUAGUGUCCGAUUGGCCUAAUCAACCAUGGUUCCCUGUGAUACUCGACAUGGCCUUAGAACCAUGUAUCACCAUCCUGAAACGACCAGAUUUGUUGGUUCAUCCCGUAACUGGGGAUAGCCAUCCAUGUCAUAAUACGACAAACUUAUUAAUUUGUAGAGUUUAAAGAAACCUCUACUGGAACUGGGACUGACGGACCGAACAUUGAACAUUAUCUCAGCGGCUCACAGGCAGUCCACCAUAAAACAAUAUCUGGUAUACAUCAGGAAAUGGGAGAUAUAUUGUCACAGAAACAACAUCACUUACAGCUCGAUGAACAUAACGUCUGUUCUUGAAUUCCUGGCAGGCCUCCAUUAUGAUGAGGAGCUCAGUUACAGUGCCAUUAACUGCGCCAGGAGUGCCCUUUUAGCAUAUCUAUGGCGAGGAUCAGAGUGUCAUUCUGUUGGGACUCACCCCCUGGUAACCAAACUUAUGAGGGGAAUUUUUAAUAUCAAUCCCCCAAGAACCAGGUACUCUCAAAUAUGGGAUGUGAGUAUUGUCCUAACGUUGCUAAGGAAUUGGUCUCCAGCAACAGCUCUGUCCCUGCAAAAACGGACGCAUAAAACAGUCAUGCUGAUGGCUUUGGUCACAGCACAAAGUCUUUACAUAAGUUAAGGCUGGACAAUAUGACUUCUUCAACAAGAAAUAUAACUUUUCAUAUUCACGAAUUAGUCAAACAGAACAGACCGCCUCAAAAUAGAAUUUAGGGCUUACCCUAUAGAUGAUCGUCUCUGUAUAAUAAGACAUUUAUUGUUAUAUAUGGAGAACACCAAAAACAUCAGAGGCUAUGAGAUGGCACUACUAAUCAGCCACAAGCAACCCCACAAAAAAGUGUCAGUUCAAACUAUUUCCAGAUGGCUGAAACAGGUUUUAACAACAGCUGGAGUGGAUACUAACAUAUUCAAAUCUCAUUCCAUCAGGGCUGCAGCUACAUCGGCAGCUAUGGAGUUGGACGUACCGAUGGACCAAAUCCUGGAGACAGCAGGAUGGUCAAGGGAAAAAAAGUUCCAACAAUUCUACCAUAAACCAGUGGUUAAACCUGGAACUUUUGCAGAAUCAAUUUUAAGUUCUGUAAUAUGAUUUCACCCCAUGAAAUAGGGGCUAUAAUUUGUUGUUAAUAACUUUAUCAUGGAUUUCAAUGUCGGAUUCAUGUUUAAACAUGUUAACACAAUUCCUCCCUUAGUCAAUUAAGGCAGAUGUGAUGCAUGGACUCGUUUCCACGGCAUGAAAUCACAGAGCUUUGAAAUCUUCACGUAGUCACUCACGUGACUCCGAAGUAAAAUAGUAAGAUUAAACGAGAAUUUACCAGUUCGAAGUUUGAUCGUUAUUUUAUGAGGAGUAACGUUGAGGGAUUACGUGCCCUCCGCUCCCACCCUUGAUUAUAAAGUUCAACUGGUAUCCUCUUCUCUAAUCUUACUAUGUUCAGUCAUUUACUGUUAUCUGUGAUUUCUCACCGCUGCUUUGAAGAAUAACACGCAUGCGUCCUGGCGGGUUCUUCACGUAAUCCCUCAACGUUACUCCUCAUAAAAUAACGAUCAAACUUCGAACUGGUAAGUUCUCGUUUAAUCUUACUAUUAAUAGGCAGAAACAAAGAACUGCAGGUGCUGACUUACAAAAGAUACAGCAUGCUGGAGUAACUCAGCAGGUUACUCUGGAAACCUGCAGAGUAGGUUCCAGCAUCUCUGGAAAACAUGGAUAGGUGGCAUGUACUUGAGUUGAGUUGUGGUUGAGGAUGUGGUUAGUAUUUCCAAGAUGCAGCAGAUUCCAUUAUUGCACAGGUGAAUUGUAGGAGCAGAACAAAGCCCUAAAUACCCUGAUUUGCUAUUUCUCCAGAAUAUUCACAUGAUAGGAUACCUUUUGUGGAAAUGGUGUCCAAAUAAAAUCAUUGAAUUUGAAUAACUUGGAAGUGACAAGAUUUGUCAAUGAUUUGAGGGAACAAAGACACUGCUCGAAAACAGAAAUGCAAAUUAUAUGUACACAUAAUAAACUUACGAAGAUAAGAAUUA